AGCUUCAAGCUUCAUUGAACUGCAUCAUUAUAUGCAGACACCCCCGUCAUCUCGUUUAUUUGUAUUAUAGCACGGGCUGUAGUCUUCUCGUGCCCACAGAUGCUCCCCACUCAAAUUUCUCUCCCGCAAUGGACCCCGACACUCCCCACACCUCUCCCUCUCCACAACCCUCCCUCUUCCGCUGGAUACUAGGCUUCCUCCUCGUAGGCGCAUGCUGGGGUCUAACAACGCCCUUCAUGCGACGCGCCGCCAUGAACUACACCCCUCCCGUCCGUCCAUCUUUGACCGACCCGAACAAUUCUUGGCUGAAGCGGAAAGUGCUAGGGAUAUGGUAUGCGGUGAUAGGGGUGCUAUCUAGGCCGGCAUAUGCGGUUCCUCUCUUAUUGAAUGUAACGGGGAGCGUGUGGUUCUUUAUCUUGAUUGGGAAGGCAGAGCUGAGUCUUACUGUGCCGAUCACAAAUUCGCUUGCGUUCUUGUUUACAGUGCUGGGAGAAUGGUGGGCAGAGAAGAAGGUCAUUAGUAGAGAUACUUGGAUAGGCAUGGCCUUUGUGUUGGGUGGUAUUGCGCUAUGUGUACAAAGCAAGGCAUGAACAUAUUGUGAUCGAGAGUAGAUGCAGGUAUCAGCAAGAGUUGUAGCUUCGCUUGGUUUAUAUAUCGUUACCAGUACAUGUAUACUUUGGAUACCUCUGAUCUCCUUGAUCUAUCCAGGG